UUUUUCUUUAUUGGAAGUAAAUAAAGUAUUUUCCGACAUAAUUUGCUUUGCUACUUCCAAUUUGAUGCCCUCACUCGUGAGGAUCUUUUCAACAUACUCGAUGAUAAAAUCCGUAUCUUCGUGCGCCCAUGCAAUAUCCUCUUCAUAUGGAUCCUCUAUAUAUCACUAAAUUGCAUGCUACGKAAGUCGAAUAAACAACACUGUCUUAUUAUAAAUGAUAAGAAAAAUUCUAAAAUGACAAAUAAAUAAAAACAACAAAAAAAGCAAACACAACGUAAGGAUAGUAAGUAAAGUUUCAGCAUUACAUUAACAGUCAUUCGCAUGAAAAAUGUCACCACGGGGUUCACGAUAUCUCCGUGACUUUCAAAAUUCAGCCAUGUUGUCAAAUAUGUCACAUAGACGAGACCUUGGAGACACAAAUCGAUUGAUCCUCUUAUAAACAGCUUUGUUCACAAGAGUUGCAUACUCAGAUUAGCCUCUGACUGGGGCUAAAACCUUACUGAAACGUCGAAUUCCACAUGUGGUACAAUAAUUUCAGUGUCAAAGUUUACAUUGAAUUCGAAACAAGGGAAAUUCGACGUUUAAAACACCCUAUAGCGAAGUACUCAAAUGGAAAGCAAGGCAUUGUUAGCGCUAUAAAUCAUCUACUCCUUUUUAUUUUAACAGUACUCUUUGAGUACACCGAUAAUUUAUUGUUGUGUCUAUGACACACAUCGUAAGUGGCCAUUAAUUUCCCCAAACAAAGGAGUGUAUUUUAACACAGGUAAAUUGGAAUAUCUUUUAGCAAGCUAGAAACACUAACCUGGAGUUGACACCGCAGGCUUUUUUCACCUAUUUUUAGGUGAGGUUUUAGGGGAGAGUUGCUAUAUAAGCGAGCCCAGAGGGCGUUUGAAAUGAGCAGAAGCAAUGGUCAAGGAUUAGAAGUCUUGAACGCUCAAGUGCUUGAAUGAUUUCUGGAUCUACUGGUCAGGCGAACCAGGCGAACCAGGCGAACACUAUUAGGUGCCAUUCAAACUUUGUUCUCAGGUCAAGAUUUGGCCAAUCUACUUGAAGUUCAUCCCAAAUAAUUCGUAACCGGAAAGAGUCCAUCCUACUGGUGCACCAUUAGUKUGAUUGGUGUCCUUUCUCAGCUGGAAUCUUCAUGGGGAACURUUGAUUUAUUGUGACAUAUUGUGGAAAAGCUACUUCGUCUAUUGCAUACAUAAACGGUCGUGACAGAAAARGACUKUCAGUUUCUCCAUCUCUUUAAGGGGUACGAGAARUAGACAUAUAAUCUCUAAUAACGGCAACGGCUUUCGAGUUUCUCUGGAAAAAGCAUUACGUUACAAUCUCAUCAUCAUCGGUAAUGCGCUCGCGCCGUUUGGUAUUGGAUAUUUGACACURGUCAAGUAAACAGAAUUKAAAUCCAAAGCAAUGGCUUCGAACGAAACCAGCGCCUUUACAGAUGAAGCACGAGUCAAACAAGGAUUUUACACCGUCGCCUUCGCACUAGGAACCAUUGGAAACAUACUAGUACUCAUUGUCGUUGCUGGGAGACGUGAGCGCAGAACUGUCAAUGAUAUAUUUAUUGUCAAUCUGGCCAUCGCAGAUCUUAUGUAUUUGUUUCUAUGUCUGCCCACAAACUUUUUCAUAGCAGAACUUGGACGAGUACCRUCUGACUUUUAUUGCCGUUUUGUAUGGCCAAUGAUGACUGUGACSAUUUGUAUAAGUAUUUUUACGCUAACAUCCAUGGCGAUACAUCGAAGGCAGGUCAUACUUAACCCAUUUAAACCAGAGAUUAAACACCGCUACGUAGUCUUAUGGAUCCUCGUYAUAUGGAUGCUCGGGAUCAUAGUGGUGAUCCCUCUUAUCAUUGUAUUGAGCUCAAAACAGGUUGAGCCAUACGGGUGCGAGGAAAGUUGGCCGUCGGAGAAGUAUCGCAAGGCUUACACAGCUGCCCUUUUCGUCGUUCAAUAUGCUCUUCCACUGCUGAUCAUUGCUGUUGAGUACGUUCGCAUCGGAAGGGACCUCUUCAAACCAAGAGGAAARCGCACAAAGGGUGACAAAAGAAGAGCAACGGACCCUGCUAGACAAAAAGAGAAUAUGCAAGUUAUCAAAACUCUUGCUACAAUUGUGACACUCUUUGCAUUAACCAUGCUACCGGCACAAUUAGCUUGGAUGUUGAUUGACUUUGGUGCAGAAAMCGCUCAAAAGGUCGGGUGGUUUUUCUAUAGGAUCUGUGAAUGGCUUCUCUAUACGCAUGCGUGUCUCAAUCCUAUAGUGUAUGGCAGCGUUGGGAAGCAUUAUAGAAGGGACUACAUCAAGUACAUAAGUGCAAUACUCUGCUGUCGCUGCAAAUCGGCGUUUGAAAAUGACUUGGAUGAGUCUCAAAUACGGGAGAGUUCAUCCUGGGUCAACGAUACUCCUCCUACCAGACAAGGAACUUGUUUGAUUUUUAACACAUGCGCUAAAAAGAAAAAUAAGUUUACAGAAAAUGCCUAUGAUACAGAAAUUUUGCAUGAUAAUAAUUAUAACGAUAAGUCUUGCGCGGAAAAACAUAUAUAGAAUGUAUAGAAGAAUUCGCUAUAUUUUUUCAACAUGUACUUUUCCCAGCAAGGCAUUUCUGAGAAGAGUCUGAACCCRGCUGGACAYACAGGACAAUUYCUUACGACGAAAGGAGUCAGCACCACAUAUUGAAAUACUUAUAGUCUAUAGRAAACAUCUUGCACAUGUACGGGUUUUAUCCUUUGAUACCAGAAAAAAAAAUAAGGAAGAUUAUGGAGCAUCACAUAUGAAAUAUAAGCAUGUACAUAAACAAUAGGACGAACACACCUAUUUAGUGAGAGAGAGCUGGGGACACUAUACUUGAUGAUAAAUACAUUAAAUUCUUUCCAAAAAAC